AUGAAUCUCUCAAGACUCCUGGCAAUAACAAUUGCACUGUCAACUAUUAAUGCUCAUCCACACGACAACUGCAACAAUGAAUUCUUCAACAGAGUGCUGCCCUCCAACGCUUCCACUCUCGGCACCUAUCACGUACCAGCCAACGGCUCCUUCGGCCAAGCAGCAGACAUAGCAUACCCGAUCAAUGCCACCAACCUCCCAGCUCUCUGCGCGGUCAUAGUCAAUGUUACCUCUUCAGCAACUUCAUCCUACACGUUUGGCCUCUUCCUCCCCGAGGAUUGGAACCAACGCUUCAUCGCUGUCGGCAACGGCGGCUUCUCCGGCGGCAUCAACUGGCUCUCUAUGGGGUCCGUCGUCCCUUACGGCUUUGCCACUCUCUCAACUUCCACUGGGCACAACAGCACAGGCCAAGACAUGACCUGGGCCCUAAACAACCCCGAGUCAAAAGCAGACUGGGGCUACCGCGCCAUGCACGGCUCCGUCGUUCUCGGCAAACAACUCACAAGCGCCUAUUACAGCAGAAAACUAUGCUACUCCUACUACGCAGGCUGCUCAACAGGCGGCAAACAAGGCAUGAAGGAAGUGCAAAAGUAUCCCUCAGAUUUCGACGGCGUCCUAAUCGGCGCUCCAGCCUGGUGGUCAACCCAUCAACAGCUUUGGCAGCUCACAGUCGGCAUCAUUAACCUCCCCGAAGGCUCCCCUUCCUACAUCCCAUACUCCAUGUUCCCACUCAUCAGCAACGAAGUCCUCCGGCAAUGUGACGCCUCGGACGGCGUGCUCGAUACCAUCAUCAUGGACCCCAAGAAGUGCAACUUCCGCCCCCAAGCCCUCCUCUGCCACCCUGGCCAAAACACUAGCACUUGUCUGUCACCGGAACAAAUCAAAACAUGGGAGGCGCUUCAUCGCCCAAUAGCAGAUAUUAAUAAUACAUUCGUAUACCCGAACUUUGAGCUCGGCUCCGAUGCGCAAAUCCCAGGUUCUUUCGGCGUGUAUGGGACGAACGCCCCGUCUCUCUACGGCACAUCAUAUGUCCAGAACUACAUCCUCGAUGAUGCUUCCUGGGACUGGAAAACGUACAACUACUCCGUCGUUGAGAUCGCCGAUUCCCUAAACCCUGGUUCCACCAACGCAGCGGACUUCGACAUCUCUCCCUUUUACGAGAGAGGAGGGAAACUUCUGCAUUACCACGGCUUGGCAGAUGGAUUGAUACCUACUGGCGCGAGCGAGUUGCUGUAUAAUAACUAUCUGUAUAACAUGAGCGCCAAAGGUAUCAAUCUAGAUGACUUUUAUCGUUUCUUUCUGGUGCCGGGAAUGCAGCAUUGUUCUGGUUCUGUUGGGAACGCGCCUUGGUACAUGGGCGGCGUGCAGACGAUUCGGGGGGUGUAUGGGGUCCCGGGGUUUAGGGAUCGCGAACACGAUGCUCUUUUGGCACUCAUGGCUUGGGUUGAGAAGGACGUUGCGCCGGAGCAUAUCAUCCCAACCAAGUGGAACAAUGACACGGAUCCAAGUCAGGGGGUGUUGAGACAACGCCCGAUCUGCAAGUUUCCUGCUGAGGCGACGUAUGUUGGGCACGGGAAUGUCAACGCGAGCAGUAGCUGGAAGUGCGUUGCCCAAGUUUGAGCGUGAGAGGGGAGUGGUCCAAUGGCCUCUAGCAAAGGUUGUUGCAAGAGGAAGACUUCACAGUUUUAUCAUUCCUACAAGAUAGGAAACGAUUAGUAUAGAUAAAAGAAC